AUGUUAAUAUAUCUCUACUUCUGUUCAUAUCUAUCUAUCUAUCUAUCUAUCUCAUCCCUGUUAUCUAUCUCUCUCCUUCUGUUCAUAUCUAUCUAUUUAUCUCAUUCUGUUAAUAUAUCUCUCCUUCUAUUCUAUCUAUCUCUCUAUCUAUCUAUCUAUCUAUCUAUCUAUCUAUCUAUCUAUCUAUCUCAUUCUCUGUUAAUAUAUCUCUCCUUCUGUUCAUAUCUAUCUAUCUAUCUAUCUAUCUAUCUAUCUCAUUCUGUUAAUAUAUCUCUCCUUCUGUUCAUAUCUAUCUAUCUAUCUAACUAUCUAUCUAUCUAUCUAUCUCAUUCUGUUAAUAUAUCUCUCCUUCUGUUCAUAUCUAUCUAUCUAUCUAUCUAUCUAUCUCAUUCUGUUAAUAUAUCUCUCCUUCUGUUCAUAUCUAUCUAUCUAUCUAUCUAUCUAUCUAUCUAUCUAUCUAUCUAUCUAUCUAUCUCAUUCUGUUAA